CACCCUUUCCUGAGCAGGCCACCAUGACCUUUUGGAGCACAUUCAUCCAACUGCGCAUGCACCAGCUUGCCCACAGUGAAGCGUAGAUGAACCAGGAUGGCGGCCGUCGUGGAGAAUGUUGUCAAACUGCUGGGGGAGCAGUACUAUCGGGAUGCCAUGGAGCAGUGCCAUAACUACAACGCGCGGCUGUGUGCCGAGCGCAGCGUGCGCAUGCCCUUCCUGGACUCCCAGACCGGAGUGGCCCAGAGCAACUGCUACAUCUGGAUGGAGAAGAGGCACCGGGGACCAGGUAUGGCCCCAGGGCAGCUGUAUACGUACCCCGCCAGGAGAUGGAGGAAGAAGCGGAGAGCCCACCCACCGGAGGACCCUCGGCUGGCUUUCCCCUCCCUCAAGUCGGCAUCAGAUGUAGAGCUGGGCCUGAAGAAGGAUGCUCUGUCGUCUGACGGCAGCAGCCUGGAGGCCUUGCUGAAGGCUGAGCCGCUGGACAAACGCUCGGGCCUGGAGCUACGAGGCGCCGACGACGACCCCAGCGGCUCAGAGUACAGCACGGGGAGCGCCAACCCUGCCACACGCGUACGGAAGAGGAUUCUAGAACCUGAUGACUUCCUGGACGACCUGGAUGAUGAGGACUAUGAGGAGGACACGCCCAAGAGGCGGGGCAAAGGCAAAGGGAAGGGCCGCAACGCAAGUAGUGCUCGCAAGAAGCUGGACGCAGCAGCAGCCGCCCUUGAAGACAGAGACAAGCCGUACGCCUGCGAUAACACUUUCAAACAAAAGCAUAUUUCAAAACCUUCUGAACGAGUCUGUGGGAAGCGCUACAAGAACCGGCCGGGCCUGAGCUACCACUACGCCCACUCCCACCUGGCGGAGGAGGAGGGGCAAGACAAGGAGGAGGAGGAGCCACCGACACGCACCCCGCCACAGCAGGACGAGCCCAAGACGGCCAAGAAGGGUCCGGAUGGGAUUGCGAUCCCCAACAACUACUGCGACUUCUGCCUGGGGGACUCCAGCAUGAACCAGAAGACCGGCCAGUCAGAGGAGCUCGUCUCCUGCUCCGACUGCGGACGCUCAGGUCACCCCUCGUGUCUGCAGUUCACGCCCGUUAUGAUGUCAGCUGUGAAGACGUAUCGCUGGCAGUGCAUAGAGUGCAAGUGCUGCAACAUAUGCGGCACCUCCGAAAACGAUGACCAGCUGCUGUUCUGUGAUGACUGUGACAGGGGCUACCACAUGUACUGUCUCACUCCACCCAUGGCAGAGCCCCCCGAAGGAAGCUGGAGUUGCCACUUGUGUCUUGACCUCUUGAAAGAGAAGGCCUCCAUAUACCAGAACCAGAACGCGCCGCCCUCGUGAUGGCUCCCACCUGCUGCAACGGCCCAGAGGAUUUUGGUUCCGCCCCGCCCUGCCCCUCGCCUCCCUCCCCGCCAUCUAUCCGCUGGCAAAGAGUUUCUCUGUUGCCUGGCAAGACAUGCGUGGCGGGCGGACACGGAGCGCUGUACGGUGUUAGAGGAGGAAAAGGGAAGUAGUCAACUCCACUCCACAGAGCAGAGCGAAGUGACAGAGCAGUGGAGAGAGGGAAAGGAAGACACAUGUAUGGAGAACGACAGCACUUUCCCAUUCCCUCUGCUCUUCACUGUUCCUUUCUUCUUCCCCGGCCAGGUUUGAUCCCAAUAUGACUGUUACACAGUUCAACACCCCAAACGCACCCCACUCACCAACCCGCUGCGUUUUGUUUUCAGCUAUUAGCCUAUUACAAUAUCUUGAUGUGAAAGAUAUAAAGCGAUAGACAAAAAAUA